AUGGGCGCCCUACACAAAGUCCGAGUUGCCGUCUGGGGCGAACCUCCGGCGACCAAAGCAGAAUCGCGCCUUCUCUUCAAGAUUGACUGGUUCAUCCUAUCAUACGUAUGUCUCAUGUACUGGGUAAAUUACCUGGACCGAGCAAAUCUCAACAAUGCCUACGUCUCUGGCGCAAGAGAAGAUCUCAACUUCCAGGGAACUCAAUUGAAUCAGAUCAACACAAUUUUCUAUGGAGGAUAUCUUCUUGGCCAGAUUCCCAACAACCUCAUCCUGCAGAAAGUCCCUCCUCGAAUUUGGCUGCCGACAACAUGCCUCUGCUGGGGACUCCUCACACUGGGCACAGGCUUUGUCCAACACCCUUGGCAGAUCAUGGUGAUAAGAUUCUUCCAAGGAUUUUUCGAAGCUUCCUGUUUCGUUGGCGUACAAUGGAUUCUUGGCAGCUGGUAUAAGCCUGAUGAGAUUGGAAAGCGGACUGCCAUCUUCACAAGCUCUGGACUUGCCGGCACAAUGUUUUCUGGCAUCAUGCAAGGCGCCAUUUUCACUAACCUGGACGGCGUGAAGGGCCUGGCAGGAUGGAGAUGGUUGUUCGUGAUCGACUUUCUCAUCACGUUCCCAGUGGCCAUCUACGGGUUCCUCUUUUUCCCGGAUACGCCUGGUAGCACAACAGCCAAGUAUCUCACUCCCGAGGAGAGGACUCUUGCUGUAGAACGGCUACCAGAGGUCGCGAAGCAGCGAGGCGUUCUAGGCUGGUCCUUGAUUAGACGAGUGGUUCUCUCGUGGCAAUGGUGGGCAUUUGUCCUCUUGUGGAUCGCGGGAUCCAACACCGAAAUGUGGUCCACCAACGCCGUCAUGCAGCUUUGGCUCAAGAGUGGCGAUGCUGGAUUUUAUACCACGCCACAAGUCAAUUAUAUCCCUACUUCAGUCUCUGGCCUCGGCAUUGUAGCAACACUCGUACUGGGCUGGUACAGCGACUACAAUAUCAAGAAUCGCUGGCACGUAGGAGUCUUUCUUUCCAUCACAGCAGUUAUAUCUGGCGCCAUCAUGCUCUCGCCCCCGAGCACAGCUUCCAAGUUUGUUGCUUUGAUCAUGAAUGGCUGCCAAUAUGCUGGCCAAACCGUGUUCUUCGCAUGGGCCAACGAUCUUACUCGACAGGAUGAUGCGAAGCGCUCGGUCGUAAUUGCGAGCAUGAACAUGUUCAGCGUGGCUGUAUAUCUGUUCUGGAGCUUGUUGUUCUACAAUACUACGCAGGCACCUAAUUGGUACGAGGGCAGCUGCGCUAUGAUUGCCAUGGGCACUUUCCUGAUGGUCAUGACUAUCAUUUGCUUCCUUUUGCAAAGACGACAGGAGAAGAAAGAGGGUCUACAGAACAUGAGUUGGGAUGCCGACGUUGGCAAGCCCGAGCAGAGUGUGCAUGAGCCAAAGAUUUGA